AUGGUCGUCUUCCGUUCACGAGUCGCGAGCACCCUCCUGCUCUUGGCUUCAUGUCUAGUCAAUGUCCCAUCCGCAAUAGCAUACUCGUCGCGCGACCGCCCAAAUCACCGGAAUCAUUGGCUCCACCCUCCCAAUCCACCAACUGUUGGCCGGACUUCGCUUGCGAACGCGACAUUCACCCAAUAUAUUGACCAUGACAAGCCAGAGCUUGGAACCUUCGAACAGUUCUACUACUAUUCCAACGAGCACUGGAAAGGCCCAGGGUCGCCCGUUGUGCUUAUGACACCAGGAGAGGUCAACGUCACGGGCUACAACUCUUACCUUACCACAAACCGGACCACUGGAGUAAUUGCGGAAGCAAUUGACGCCGCCGUUGUGAUCAUCGAGCACCGCUACUGGGGUGUUUCUUCUCCUUAUGCCGAUCUGUCUACGGAGAAUCUGCAGUAUCUGACGCUGAAGAACUCAAUUGCGGAUUUAGUGCACUUUGCGAAAACUGUCAAGCUUCCGUUCGACCCGCAUGGUACCAGCCAGGCUCAUCGGGCACCUUGGGUUCUUGUCGGAGGUUCUUACAGUGGUGCAUUGACUGCAUGGGUGGCAUCCACUUCUCCGGGAACAUUCUGGUCUUACCUAGCCUCAAGCGCUGUGGUCGAGAUUACCGGCAACUUCUGGCAGUAUUUCCUUCCGGUCCAAGAAGGGAUGCCGAAGAAUUGCAGCAAAGACAUGUCACUCAUUGUGGAUCACGUUGACAAGAUCGGUACAGAUGGCUCGGAUGACGAGAAAUUUGCUCUCAAGGAUAUGUUUGGUCUUGGUGAAGUCGAGCACUUCGAAGAUUUCGCUUCGGCUUUGCAAAACGGUCCUUGGCUUUGGCAAGGAAACCAAUUCUACAAGAACACGGGCUUCUUUGACUACUGCGAUGCAGUCGAGAACGUGGGAAGUGGAACUGUUCCUGGUGCCGAGGGAGUGGGUCUCGAAAAGGCCCUCGCAGGCUAUGCAAGCUUCUUCAACGACACCAUCUUGCCCGGUUUCUGUGAAGGAUACGGCUACUUCGAGGGCGGCUACAAUGUGGAAUGUUUUGACACUUUCAACGGAUCCAACCCCAUGUUUACUGACCAUACGCUGAGCAACGUCGUCGAUAGGCAGUGGGUGUGGUUGACUUGCAACGAGCCGUUCGGGUACUGGCAAACGGGUGCACCUAAAGAUCGUCCGUCAAUUGUGUCACGUCUCGUCGACGAGGAGUACUGGGUCCGUCAAUGUGGCCUUUUCUUCCCAGAAGAGAAUGGUUUUACCUACGGUUUGAGUGGAGGACGGACCUAUGAAGCAGUGAAUGAUUUCACCGGUGGCUGGGAUGCAACCAAGAUUCCUCGUCUGGUAUACGGAAACGGGGGCAACGAUCCUUGGCGCGAGGCGACCGUUUCCGCGGAACUGCGUCCCGGAGGACCUUUCAAAGGCACCAAGGAGACUCCGGUCAAGGUCGUACCUGGCGGGUAUCACACGUCGGACCUUGUGACUGCAAACGGCGUAGCCAACGCGGGCGCGCAAGCAGUCAUUGAUUUCGAGGUCCAGCAGAUCAAAGAAUGGGUGAAGCAAUGGCCUGGCCACUAUUGA